CAUGGGCCCUGCCGCCCUGCCUGCUAAGGGCAUGGGGAAGGGGUUCCUACCUCAGUGAGUGCCCUGCCUCCCUGCCCUGUGCCUGUGUACCUGACAGUCAUAGCCACCUGGUCUGUCCCAGAGAUGAACCAGCCGACCUCAUCUCCCGCCCGGCCCUACCUCCACUGGCUUUGGCUCUUGUCCCUGUGCUGCCUGACCCUUUCUCCUGUCUGGAGCCCUUGAGCUGCACCCACAGCAGGCUGCCUUUGGCAUCUCAUGGGGUGAAAGAGGGCACUGCGAGGCAUUCCCUCCCUGGGUUUGGCUUCUGCCCACGGACCGAUGGUAGAAAUCACAGUGUUAGACAGCUGGAGCCCAGCUCUGCUUGAACCUAUUUUAGGUCUCUGAGCCCCUCUUCCUCUCUAGACUCUCCCUAGAGCUCAGCCAGUGCUCCACCUGAGGCUGGGGGUCUCCGAGGAAGACUGAGUCAGGGUUGGGGGUCUGGGGCUGCCCCCUGGGGAAGGGGCCAGAGGCAGUGUUGAGAACCGGGAGGUCUCUGAUUGUGGCUCACCCUCCAUCACUCCUAGAAGCUCUUGGCCCAGCAGCCACAGCUCCCAACCACAACAUCCGUUGGGGUUUGGCCUACGGAGCUAGGGCGGAUGACCCCCAAAUAGCCCUGGCAGAUUCCCCCUAGACCCACCCACACCAUGGUCAGGCGUGCCCCUCCUCAUCUCCGGGGCAUGGCCCAGAGGGUAUAAACAGUGCUGGAGAGGGCAGGCCAGCCGAGCCCUGAGCAGCAGCUGGAGACGCCAUGAGAGCCCUCACACUCCUCCCCGCGCUGGCCCUGGCCGCACUUUGCAUCGCUGGCCAGGCAGGUGCAAAGCCCAGCGGAGUGGAGUCCAGCAAAGGUGCAGCCUUUGUGUCCAAGCAGGAGGGCAGCGAGGUGGUGAAGAGACCCAGGCGCUACCUGUAUCAAUGGCUGGGAGUCCCAGCCCCUUACCCGGAUCCCCUGGAGCCCAGGAGGGAGGUGUGUGAGCUCAACCCGGACUGUGAUGAGCUGGCUGACCACAUCGGCUUCCAGGAGGCCUAUCGGCGCUUCUACGGCCCAGUCUAGAGUGUUGCCCUGCUGGCCCAGCCGGUGACCCCAGCUCUGCUCCUCUCCAGGCCCCCUUCUUCCCCUCCCCCUUGCCCUGACCACCCGGCCCUGGAGAUGUGGGGUCCCCAUCAUCCCAGCUGCUCCCAAAUAAACUCCAGAAGAGGAAUCC